AUGGUUGAUGAUUACUGUCGCACAACACACUUUGGAGAGCUACAGUACAGAGCAAGCACAUCUGGACUGCUGGAUAGGGUACAUCAUGUGGCAAUUCAGACAGACCCACCAACAACACGCUCAUUUGGAACUCAGCUUUCAAUGAAGACUCUCCAACCUCAUUUCAGAAGUACAGGCAGACAGAAAACUGUUUCCUGCACUGAUGUUGGUGUUGGCACCUCAGCUCUUCUGCCGUUUCUUACAUCAACACCAAGGAAGAGACCAAGUAAGAGACGUCGCUUGGAACUGGAGGAGGAGGAAGAGGAGAACCCUUUAGAAGGCAGUUCUGUUGACGUAGAGGAGCCACAUGAUUCAACUUAUGACCCUGCAGACUCUGCCACAACCUUGACUGAGUCAGCAGAUGUGACAAUGGAAUCUUCUAGCCCUGUCCAUAAGACUCCAACUUAUAUUGUGUAUGAGAACUGCCUAAUGGAGCUGUUUCAGGUGUGCCCUGUGUGUCAGCGGGAAUGUGACAUGCAGAAAAGAAGAUUGGGCACGUUUCUCUCUGUAGAACAGCGGUGUCCGCAUUGUGAGUUCUACAGAAAGUGGAACAGCCAGCCUCUUGUUGGGAGCACUCCUGCUGGGAACCUGCAGCUGUCCACUGCAGUGUACGCCACUGGUGCCUCUUUCUUUAAGCUUGAAAAGAUCUUCCGGGCAAUGCAGUUGAAGAUGUUUCAAUAUGACUCAUUUCGAAGGCGUCAGAUGUACAUAGAGCCCGCGAUUGUACACAGGUGGAAGACGGCACAGACUGCAAUGUUGGCGCAGCUCAGUCAGCAGCAGAAUGUCGUCCUCGGUGGUGACUUGAGAGCAGACUCACCAGUUAUGUAA